AUGGAAGAACUUCUUCUCCGCGGUCAAAGCUGUCUACGGUCCGCCGACGAAGGGCACUGCUCCUCUCCUCAGCGCCGACGGCAACACUCUCCUGACUGAGAAGACGCAAAUCCUACAGCGAUGGGCCGAGCACUUCCGAGGCGUCCUCAACCGCCCUUCCGUCAUCUCCGACGCCACCAUCGCCCGCUUACCGCAAGUGGCGACCAACGCGGACCUCGACCUCCCGCCAUCUCUCCAGGAAACGAUCAGGGCCGUGCAGCAGCUCUCCAGCGGAAAAGCACCCGGAUCGGACGCAAUCCCUGAUGAGGUCUACAAGCACGGAGGUCCCCUACUGAUGGAUCACCUGACUGCGCUCUUCCAGGAGAUGUGGCGUCAAGGUGAAGUCCCGCAAGAUUUCAAGGACGCAACUAUCGUGCACCUAUACAAGCGAAAAGGGAAUCGCCAAGUCUGCGACAACCACCGCGGCAUCUCCCUACUGAACAUCGCCGGGAAGAUCUUCGCUCGCAUCCUGCUCAACCGCCUCAACAUCCAUCUGGAACAGGGCCUUCUGCCGGAAAGCCAAUGCGGCUUCCGUCGUCAUCGUGGGACCACGGAUAAGAUCUUCGCAGCCCGCCAACUUCAGGAGAAGUGCCAGGAGAUACGGACCCACCUGUACUCUACCUUCGUGGACCUGACGAAAGCCUUCGACACGGUGAAUCGUGAAGGACUGUGGAAGACUAUGCAGAAAUUCGGCUGUCCGGAGCGAUUCACUCAGAUGGUGCGUCAGCUGCACGACGGUAUGAUGGCGCGAGUCACGGACAACGGAGCUGUCUCAGAGGCAUUCGCAGUGACCAACGGAGUGAAGCAGGGCUGUGUGCUGGCGCCUACCCUCUUCAGUCUCAUGUUCUCUGCCAUGCUGAUGGACGCCUACCGCGACGAACGCCCUGGAAUCCGCAUCGCCUAUAGAACGGACGGUCAUCUCCUGAAUCGCCGGCGCAUGAACUUCCAAUCGCGUGUAUCCACAGCCACCAUGCACGAACUCCUCUUCGCCGACGACUGCGCCCUGAACACCACCUCAGAAGUGGAGAUGCAACGGAGCAUGGACCUAUUCUCCGCCGCCUGCGAGAACUUUGGGCUGGUUAUCAACACGCAGAAGACGGUGGUGAUACAUCAGCCGCCUCCCAACUCAGCCACAGCCCCCAACGCGCCGCAAAUCAACGUGAAUGGGACUCAACUGCAAGUGGUAGAGAACUUCCCGUACCUGGGCAGCACGCUCUCCCGCAACACCAAGAUCGACGACGAAGUCGCCAACAGGAUCUCGAAAGCCAGUUAA